AUGGCCCCCUGGACUACCGGAGAGGAGAUCGCCGCUGGUGUCGGCGCUGUCGGUGCUGUUGGCGCCGGUGUCGGCCUCUACGAGCACCACAAGCACAAGGAGCAGCAGGAGCAGCAGCAGCAGCAGUUCCAGCAGCAGGACAACUCGUACGGCGGCGGCAACAACAACGACUCGUCGUACGGCAACAACAACCGCGACGACUCGUACGGCAACAACAACAGCAACAACAACUCGUACGGCAACAACAACCAGGACUCGUUCCAGUCGGGCAACCAGGGCGGCGGCUUUGGCAACAACCAGGGCGGCGGCGGCGGCUUUGGCGGCAACGACAACUCGUACGGCGGCAACAACCAGCGCGACGACUCGUUCGGCGGCAACAACAACAACAGCAACUUUGGCGGCAACAGCAACAACAACGGUGGCUUCGGCAACCAGGACUCCAACUACUAG